UUAAACUUUUUGUGAGAGUAUUACAAAUAUAUACAUAUACAUAUGUUUGUAUGUAUGUGCUUAUAAUUUUUAUACAUCUUGGACGUUUCGUAUGCACGACAGCACAGUUUGCUAUUGGACGUGAUGAGUAAAUGUUCGCUCGUUUUGUGAUACUAUUCAACAUUGAUAGAAAGAACCAACCGCGUGUUGCCUAAGAAAAAGUCAAAUAUUAUGAAUAUUUUUCCAAAUAACAACAGGCGCCAGAUGGACAAACUCAUAAAGGGACAAAAUUAAGUAGCCUCAUUCUACGGUGAUUGAGAAUCUUGAAGCGAUCUCUGGUGCGCAUUCCUGUAUUUCACCGCGCGGAUAAAUCUUGUAUGCCUCCAUAUUUCAGUAGUAGUUUAAAAAAACAGCAAAGCAACAAAAUAACACAAAAAAAUUUCCAAAAUUUCAAACGAAGUCCCUCUUUAUUUUUGGCCUGUUAACACUUAACAACCCAGGCUUAAUCUUAACAAUCAGCAGCAUAACAAAUGUCGUUGUUAAAUAAAUAAAUAUUUCAAGUUCAAAAUUUAUGAACACAAUUAACACAAAUAUCCAACCAAUGGGAAGUCAACCUUUAAAAAUCACAAGAAACAAAAAAAAAGCAAGAAACAAAAAAUAAAAUUUACAAAACAAUUGCUUUAGCGCAUAACAAUAAUAGUCUGCAACAAAGUAUCAAGAACUGCCUAUAGAUGCCCGCUGCUUAAACACGUCAAGACCGUGUUACGUGUAUCGAAGUAAUAAACUUUGUUAGGAAUUGACCGAUAAGAUCAUAAUAAGUUAUGCGAAAAACGGAGCGUGAGCUGCACAUGAAACCACACACAUACGCACUCACGCAAAAGGAAUCCCCCAUCACAAGCAAGCUGAAACACAUGCGCAUGCACGUCAACAUAACGCAAUAAUCUUACUCAGCCAGUUCCCACAAGCACGACCAGAGUCCAAGAGUUCGUGGAAAUUACUUGAUGUUUAUUCACAACAACAUCAAGUGUCAAUAAUUAAUGGAUCACGUGCAAUGAAAACCGGUAAAAAAAACGAGAACCAAAAAACUGAGCAAAACAAAAAAAAUAAAAGCAAAACUUGUUGGCGCAUGUGCCAAAAUGAUUAUAUACAAUGAAAUAUAACAGCUGCUCGCUCAGCUGUUGAGCGGUUUAGCGAGAAAAAUUGUAUUAUAAAAAAGGAAAGUCUCUCUGAGACCGACACGAUUGCAUCUAUUUUUUUUUUUUUUUGUUUUUCAACUAUAGGCGAGCUAACUAACUCAAUUUAAUAUGUAUCUUCACUAUUUCAACAUAACUCUGCUACUAGCAUUAUGCUUAACAACAUUUACUGCAGAUACAAAAGAUACGUUGCAAGAAGCAACAACACCGAUAACAACAGAAACGAGUACAAUUACGCCAUAUGAAUGCGGCAGCAUAGAUAUUCGAAAUCAUUGUGACAGUUUUCAGCAGUUGGAAAAUUGUACGGUAAUCACGGGUUACAUGUUAAUUGUUUUAUUACCUCGCGUGAAUCAAGGAAUCCAUGAAGUUUGCAACUUCUCCAAAUAUCAAUUUCCGCUAUUAAGAGAAAUCACCGAUUUCUUAAUAUUCCAUGAAGUUCGCAAUAUUACCACAAUUACUGAUAUGUUUCCUAAUUUAACUGUGAUAAGAGGUCAACGUUUGUUUCUAAAUUAUGCAUUGGGGGUAACAAGUAUGAAAGAUUUAUAUACGUUAGAGUUUCGUUCUCUGAUUGCCAUACAGCGAGGCCAUGUAUUCAUCGGGACAAAUCCCAUUCUUUGCAAUUUGGAAAAAGUGAACUGGGAUCGUUUAACUUUAAGUCCUGGCGAAAACCACAUAAACCUCGCUAGUCCCGAACAAUGUCAUACGCGUUCUGAAUGUCGUGGUUGUGAUAAUAACUAUUGCUGGUCAAAUCACGUUUGCCAAAAGUUAGAAAAUGAUAAUGUACUAAAUUUAAAAAAAGGAAUAGAAAAUUGUCAUGAGCAGUGCUUGGGCGGCUGCUUGGACGAUUCACCAAAAACAUGCAUGGUUUGCCAACAAUGGACUGAUAACAACGUCUGCGUAGAAAAAUGUCCUAAAAAUAAGUAUGCUUCACCACAUUAUCUAAGAUGCUACACCCGGGAGGAAUGUACAGAAAGCAAAAACCUUUACAUUUAUAAGAACCUUUGCGUGCUCUCUUGCCCAAGUGGUUACACACUAAAUGAAAGUAUACGCGAAUGUGUGCAAUGCCAUUCGACUGACGAGUGUAUAAAGAUUUGUAAUCCAUCCAGCGAUUUGGAACCCUUUUGGUUAUUGAACUUGGGCGAUGUGGAAGACAUAAAGGGUUGCCAAAUUCUCAAUAGCAGUGUUUUUCUAACAAUACGUAAUCGAAUCAAUGAAAAUGACUUAUACCAAAGUUUCGCAGAUGUUAAGGAAAUUAAAGGUCACUUGAAUAUUUACAAAAAUACUUAUUUAUCCUCUUUAAUGUUCCUGAAAGGUUUACGGAAGAUUCACGGCAAAAAUUCGAAAGAUCAUCAUUUUUCUUUGACUUUGUACGAUAAUAAGAAUUUACGUGAAUUGUGGUCACCGACCGAAGAUUUUGAGCUAAUACAUGGUGGAAUGUACGUGCAUGCUAACUACAAACUAUGUAACCGUUUUUUAAGGAAAUUUGUAGGAGAUGUUAUUCAUGACAAAAGUAAGGAUUCUUUGCAAACCAACGAUCAAGAGGUGCUAUGCGCUCCCGCUAAACUAAACGUGAAAAUUGAGGUGUAUUCCCACAGUACCGUGAAGUUUAGUUGGCCUAAGAAGCAAACCUCACUACAAAUCGAAUUCAUCUUACGUCCUCUAUCACAUAAUGAACUUUUCGAUGAGAACCUCGACGUAGAUACAGAGAUUUGCAAAAAAGUCAAUUGGUUACGUAUAUUGAAGUUCGCAAGCGAAUUGUCACAAAACGGUAGCCAUUAUUUCCACAAAGUUCUAGGUUUGCAAGCUAACACCAAGUACGCCUGCCUUGUGAAGACAUUUGAGGAUAAUGACAACUAUGAAGCGCGGAGUGAUCUCAUCCACAUUACCACGGAAAAGGAUAUUCCCCCACCACCACAAAUAGUUGUCAAACAAAAAACCGACUCUUCUUUAACCUUGCAAUUGAAUUAUGGAAUCGUGACAAUGCGAAAAAUCGUAGAUUACUAUAAAUUGGAAGUCUACAGCCUGCCCGACAACAAAACAGAUGUAGAUAAACGAGAUUAUUGUCUUGAACCAGCUGAGAUGUACGCUGCAGCACAUGCAUAUGAAGAUUACGAUGCCUGUUGUGAACGCAGAGAGGAAGAACGUGAGAAGACAGUGUUUGAACAUGUGAUGCAAGAAGUCUAUAUUUGCUCUAGAGAUCGUGCAACGCACUGUUUGAAAGGCCAACAAGAAAACUCUGAAAAUCCGCCCAUUUACACGAAGCGUCUAGAACACAGUGAAACUUCAUAUACUAUCAAAAAAUUACAACACUUCCAAUUGUAUGUUCUACAAGUGAGAGCUUGUAAUCGUUUCGGUUGUGGAUCUUUUGGUGCCUUAGCGGAACGCACGAAUUAUUCUACAACAGCAGAUAAAAUUUAUGAUUUAUCAGCCUGUCGUGUAGCCAACAGUCGUGAAUACCAGUUAAGCUUUAAAGAACCUCAACAUCCUAAUAGCUUAAUUACCUCAUAUAUGGUCCACUUUCGUUUGGUUAUACCGUCUGGACAAGGUUAUCAAAGCUAUCUCAAAUGCAUUACUCGCAAGGAACAUGCCCUUAAUAAUUAUCGCUUCAUUACAACACUGACCGUCACUUAUGAUCAGGUAGCCGUGCGGGUUAAUUCUUUGGCAAGUCAUACCUUCGUAGGUUGGGUGAACAUAACCACUUGCGAUGGCGGUACUAAAAUCGCUGGCACGUCGCGUUCUCACAAAGGUUGGAAUAUAUUCCUACUGUUUUUUCUGUUAGGAGCUGGUGGUACAAUGUUAUGGAUUUUCUAUAAGCGUCGUUGUUGGCAUAAUUUUUACGAAUUAAGACGCUUUUUACCCGUGCGGAGAGAAUGGUCCGCUUCUUUUGUCAGGGAAGGCCUGGUGGAGGACCGUCAAGUUUUAGUUUACGAUUAUGAAACAGUGCGUUUUCAAUUUCCAUCACAACAUUCUAAAGAGGAGCAAUGUGUCAAUAAUUGAAGCUAAAAUAUAUGAAAUAU